CCCCCCCCCCCCACCCCCCACACACACCCAAGCCCCUUUCUCCCUCCCCCCCUUUUCUGUCUAUCUGUCGGUCAAUGUGGACCUUCAAAGCGCUCGGAGUAUGACAAAAGAUUUCAGGAUGCUGGAUUUGCGCCGCUCGUUUCCUCUCUUUGCACUUAAAUGCCAACGCGGCGAAUGCGUCGGACGGGGAGGACAAGCCUGCUGCUAGUGCUCCGCGUUUCACAAAGUCAACAUCUCGUUUUUUUCUCCCUGGAGCGACUCCAGAAGGAUGUAAGAGCCGAUCCACCUCGCGCAGCCGAAGUCUCCUCGUCAAGAUGCAGAAGGGAAUACGACUUAACGAUGGUCAUGUCACCUACCUGGGGCUUUUGGCGAAAAAGGAUGGUACGAGACGAGGGUGCUUGAGCAAAAAGAGCUCAGACAACACGAAAUGGCACACAAAGUGGUUUGCUUUGUUACAAAAUAUGCUCUUUUAUUUUGAGAACGAGUCCAGUUCUCGACCCUCGGGAUUAUACCUGUUGGAGGGAUGCAUGUGCGACAGGGCGCCUUCACCGAAACCCUCGCAGUCCGCCAAGGAGUGUUUGGAAAAGCAGUACUAUUUCACUGUCAGCUUCACACAUGAAAAUCAAAAGGCGCUCGAAUUACGCACUGAAGAUGUGAAGGACUGCGAUGAAUGGGUGGCUGCAAUAUCACACGCCAGUUACAGAAACUUGGCCAACGAGCAUGAGACUCUCAUGCAGAAGUAUCUUCAUCUGCUUCAGAUUGUGGAGACGGAGAAAACAGUUGCUAAGCAACUUCGACAACAGAUAGAAGAUGGGGAAAUAGAGAUUGAGAGGCUAAAGUCAGAGAUCUCUGGGCUGCUCAAGGACAAUGAAAAGAUUCACGACAGCCCUGCAGCCGCCCCCACCGACGAGGACUCAGAAAUCAAGAAAAUCAAAAAAGUCCAGAGCUUCCUGCGAGGCUGGAUCUGCAGGAGGAAGUGGAAGACAAUCAUCCAGGAUUACAUCCGCUCGCCACACGCAGAGAGCAUGAGGAAGAGGAACCAGGUGGUGUUCAGCAUGUUGGACUCGGAGGCAGAGUACGUGCAGCAGCUUCACAUCCUCGUGAACAACUUCUUGAGGCCCCUGCGCAUGGCAGCCAGCUCCAAGAAACCGCCCAUCACCCACGAUGAUGUCAGCAGCAUAUUCCUCAACAGUGAAACGAUCAUGUUUCUACAUCAGAUCUUUUACCAGGGUCUGAAAGCCAGAAUAGCGAGCUGGCCAACAUUAGUGCUGGCUGACCUGUUUGACAUCCUGCUGCCAAUGCUGAACAUCUACCAAGAGUUUGUGAGGAACCACCAGUACAGCCUGCAGAUCCUGGCUCACUGCAAGCAGAACCGAGACUUCGACAAGCUGCUGAAGCAGUACGAGGCCAAGCCCGACUGCGAGGAGAGGACCCUGGAGACUUUCCUCACCUACCCCAUGUUCCAGAUUCCCCGAUACAUUCUUACACUCCACGAACUUCUGGCCCACACACCACAUGAACAUGUGGAGAGAACCAGUCUGGACUACGCCAAAUCCAAGCUGGAGGAGCUUUCCAGAAUCAUGCACGACGAAGUAAGCGAGACCGAGAACAUCAGGAAGAACCUGGCAAUAGAGCGCAUGAUCGUAGAGGGCUGCGAGAUUCUCCUCGACACCAGUCAGACGUUUGUAAGACAAGGGUCUCUCAUCCAGGUGCCGAUGAGCGAGAAGGGCAAGAUCACCCGUGGGCGACUGGGCUCUCUGUCUUUGAAGAAGGAGGGGGAGAGGCAGUGCUUUCUCUUCUCCAAGCAUUUAAUCAUCUGCACCAGGGGUUCUGGUGGAAAGCUUCACCUCACCAAGAAUGGAGUCGUCUCGCUCAUAGACUGCACUCUACUGGAGGACCCCGAGGGGACAGACGAUGAGACCAAAUCCGACAAGAGCGGCCAGGACAUGGAGCACCUGGACUUCAAGAUUGUCGUGGAGCCAAAGGAUAGCCAGUCAUUCACGGUCAUCCUGGUGGCCUCCUCCAGGCAGGAGAAGUCUGCGUGGACCAGUGACAUCAGCCAGUGCAUAGACAACAUCCGCUGCAAUGGGCUGAUGAUGAACGCCUUUGAAGACAACUCCAAAGUCACAGUGCCGCAGAUGAUCAAAUCCGAUUCAAGUCUGUACUGCGACGACGUGGACAUUCGCUUCAGCAAGAUGAUGAACUCCUGCAAGGUGCUGCAGAUCCGCUACGCCAGCGUUGAGCGCCUGCUGGAGAGACUGACUGACCUCCGUUUCCUCUCCAUCGACUUCCUCAACACCUUCCUACACUCCUAUCGCGUGUUCACCACCGCUGAUGUGGUGCUAGACAAACUCAUCACCAUCUACAAGAAGCCCAUCAGUGCCAUCCCUGCUCGGUCCCUGGAGUUAUUCUUUGCCAGCAGUCAGAACAGUAAACUGUUGUACGGAGAACCUCCCAGCUCCCCCAGAGCCAGCAGAAAGUUCUCCUCCCCACCUCCUCUUGCUAUCACCAAGAACUCAUCCCCCAACCGCCGGCGCAAGCUCUCCCUCAACAUCCCCAUCAUCACUGGGGGCAAAGCGCUUGAUCUGGCUGCUCUCAGCUGCUCCUCAAAUGGCUAUGCAAGCAUGUACUCAACCAUGUCUCCAUUCAGCAAGACCACCUUGGACAUCAACAAGCUUUACGUGUCCAGUUCCAUCUCGAGCAAAAUCACUGACGAGGGAGAGGACAAGAAGGACAAAGUGGAGGAUCCGUCAGUGACCAAGCAAGAUCUCUCCGUACGCGAAGAAACUGACAAUGAUCCCAACCAGAGUGAUGAAGGGGACCAGGAAGCCUCUCCCACCAAAUCCCCAACCACGCCAAAAAACAUCAAAUGCAAGAACCCUGCAGAAUUCUCCCUUUUUUCCUACAACAAUGGCAUGGUGAUGUCCUCCUGUCGAGAGCUGGAUAACAACCGCAGCGCCGUGUCUGCCACCUCGGCCUUCGCUAUCGCUACGGCUGGAGCCAAUGAGGGCACACCGACCAAGGAGAAGUAUCGCCGGAUGUCCCUCGCCAGUACUGGCUUCCCAACAGAUCAGAGGAAUGGAGACAAAGAAUUUGUGAUCAGACGAGCAGCGACCAACAGAGUCCUGAAUGUUCUGAGGCACUGGGUGUCCAAACACUCUCCGGACUUUGAUAACAACAAUGAGCUGAAGACAAAGGUAAUUGUCUUCCUGGAGGAGGUGAUGCAUGACCCUGAGCUGUUGACCCAGGAGAGGAAAGCAGCUGCCAACAUCAUCAGAACUCUAACUCAGGAAGACCACGGUGACAAUCAGAUCACCCUUGCAGACGUUACACAGGCGAUGGGUGAAGGGAAGGUCGAGCAGUUUGAGAGUCACUCUGCGUUGGAGAUCGCAGAACAACUCACUCUGCUGGAUCACCUGGUGUUUAAGGUCAUCCCAUACGAGGAAUUUUUUGGACAAGGUUGGAUGAAGAAUGACAAAAACGAGAAGACACCGUACAUCAUGAGAACAACGAAGCACUUCAAUGAUAUAAGCAACCUUAUUGCCACGGAGAUCCUGCGCUGCGAUGACGUGGUCCCUCGGGUGUUCGUCAUAGAGAAAUGGGUGGCUGUAGCAGACAUCUGCCGCUGUCUCCACAACUACAACGCCGUGCUGGAGAUCACCUCCUCCCUCAACCGCAGCUCUGUCUUCCGUCUCAAGAAGACCUGGCUCAAGGUUUCCAAGCAGACAAAAGCAUUGAUUGACAAGCUGCAGAAGCUGGUGUCGUCAGAAGGGAGGUUCAAAAACCUGAGAGAGGCUUUGAAGAAUUGUGAUCCUCCCUGUGUUCCCUAUCUGGGGAUGUACCUCACAGACCUGGCUUUCAUUGAGGAGGGAACGCCCAACUACACUGAAGACAGAUUGGUCAACUUCUCAAAGAUGAGAAUGAUUUCUCACAUCAUCAGAGAAAUCAGGCAGUUUCAGCAAACCGCGUACAAAAUUGACCUGCAACCAAAGGUAGCCCAGUAUCUACUGGAUAACAGCUUUGUUCUGGAUGAAGAAAGCAUGUACGAAGCCUCUCUCAGAAUUGAGCCUAAAGUGCCCAACUGAAGUUGGUUAUCCACAUUAUUUCCUCUGUUAAUAUUACACAUAAGUUAAGAAACACAUUGACUUUUGUAUAGUUGUACAUGUUUAAGAUAUCUGAUCUUCUGUACAGUAUGUGUUUAAGGUAUAUUUUUCGUUUAUUACUGUUGCCAUGACGCAAACUGGUUUAAGGUUUAUUUUUUUUCUUACAUUUGGGGUAUUUCAAGCAUAAUAACAGAGGUCCCUUUGCCUGCACGUAACUGUGUCUUCUUAGUGACCAAUGACAUUAUUUUGCAUUAUCUCAUACUGUGUUGACUUUGCACUUUCUGAGCACCCGUUGGCCGUUGUUCUCUUUGCCUGAGGUGCAUCGAUGACUGAGUUUCUCUGCAACCAAUGUAGCAUUGUAAAAAUGUAACGGCGUCAUAUCAGGUAAAAGACCACACAGAGUAUAACUGGAUAUAAACAUACAAAACAAUGAUCAGUGAGGCACCAAAAGCAAAACUGUCUCUAUGAUUCCAAAAACAAGAGGGAUUUAUGUUUUAAUGUAUGUUCUCUACUCCAAAGUCAGAUGUUCCUAAGUGUAUUUUUUUCCUCUAACAGUAUCCUUGUGGACUGGCCCAAUGAGAAAGACCGGAUCUAACCUAGGGAACAUAAAACUUCAGAAAUACUAUAACAAAACUCACAUAAUCUUUUCUGAUUUUUCAAUCAUUUGAUAAUUCAGUACUGGAGCAAUUUAGAUUUAAAUUUAAAUUGAGGGGAUCACCUAAAUAAUGAUAAUGAUGGCGCUCAAGGAAAAGGUGAAGAGAUUACUGUACCUCAGGAUAUUGUUUCUAAGGUUUUUUGUCCAAAGAAAUUCUUACUAAACUAACAUUCAUAAUUUUUUUUAAACAAAUUAAUAUUUAUUAUCAUUGUUAAAAAAGGUGGUUGAUAAGAACAGAACAGGCCUUGAUUUAUAAUUCAGACACACAGUUUCUUUGGUCCCUUGUUGCAAAUUCUCCGAAGGCUUUUUCAGUCCACAGGGAGGCAGAAAACUCUGCUGAAGACACAUCCUCAAUAACAUAAAAUAUAGAAGUUUUGAAAUACCUUUCUAUUUGUUGUAAAGCAAUACACUCUUCCUCUCUUGUCACACAAGGAACUGAAACAAAUCUUUAUCUGUGAUAAAAAGAGACUAAAACUCUUUAGGUUGUUGUGAUUAACGUGAAGUAUUUGACAUCUGAAAUUACUGUUACACUUAAAAUAUAUCAAUAGAGUACAGUGAUUUCUACCUGUGUUCAAAUUUAAUGUUUCUUGGACUUUAGUUCAACUCAUAAAAAAAAGAUCACAUGCGUUGGAAAGUGUUGUAUCUUCAGGUAUGGCAAUGAUUCUGUUGAGUAAAAGGUUUUGUAAUUAAAAGACAAUCUGUCCUUUUUGCUGUUCCAGUGAUUGUGGAACGUGACUGUAUAUCACUCUGUUAUAUGCAUUGCUGUUUAAAACUGAUGAAACGUACGUGAAUGACCUCUGCCUGCAGCAUUCAAACACUAUUUUUGUAGUAGUAUAAGAGAGUGACUUGCUCUUUAUAUGAAUAUGGAAAAGUAUUUUGUACUUUGUUGUUAAUUCCCCUCACUGAGAUGUGCUGUACGUUUUGUACAUGCAAACCUGCAUAUGUGGAACAGUGUAAUCCUUUCAACAACAAAAAAAUAAGUUGUAACUCAAGCUUGUACACUAAAAGCUACAACAGUGUGGCUCUGAAACUAUGAUUUAGAGAAGACAACCUCAGAGUGUUUUGCAUUAAAUACUGUUAUCCUGUCUAUAACCAUUUCUGUUAGCAGGAAUAUAGUAAUGUAGUGCUUAUUCUGUAAAUAUUUGUAUGUCAUUUCUACGAUGUAUGUACAGUACACUUUUGAAGCUCAUGUGGUAGGCAUGCAACACCUUCACAGACCAAAUAAUACUAUAUACUUAUACCGUAUACACGCACAUACUCUUAUAAAGGUAUAUCAACAAAUAAACAUUUUGCUGUUAGCAAUACCCAGUGGUAUGAAAAUUAUCUUUCAACCCUCAUGUUUCCACACCAUAAGAAAUAUUGCAAGUUUUGUAAGAAAACAAAGGAAAACACAACAAAAGUUAACAUAUGAUGAUGACAAUAACAAAUAAACAAGAAUAUGUUCCCAGUAACCUCUUGCUAAUAAAUCCAUUUGAUAUCAGGGGCAUUUUGUCUCAAGUGUUUUUGUAGACACCUUUGUUUUGUUGACAUCAUUAUGACUCAGAGUGAAACUAAAUAAAAUCGGUGUGUAUUUGACAA